AUGGAGGAAGACGGAAGCAAUCGUGGUCUUGGCUCGGGGUCGCCCAGCGGCUCGAUCGGCCAAUUCUCGUUUGCCCCUGCUACUCGAACGACAGUAGUCACCACGACAACUACCACCACCACCAGCUUCCCCCCCGUGUUCAUCAGACCUCCCCGCGCAACGCGAGAUUUGGAUCCCAAACUAUACCCCCUAGCAUCGGCACCCACACCAACGUCGCUACGCAAUAUCAGAUUCGAACUCGGUGGAAAAUCAGUCAUUUUCAACGAGCCUGAAGAUACCACAAGCACUCUCAACGAGUUGAGUGAAAAGGAUGACGCGCUCAGGGCGUCCAAUGGUUUGGUCCGAUCCGUGACUUCCUAUACGUCUGAAAAUCAACUGUCUCGACGUCUCGCACACAGAAACUCGAACCAAAACCCCCUGUCAAUCUCCAAACGUCGACUUCCAGAAUCCCAGCAGGCAUCGUUGCGGGCACGCUCCGCUCGUGUGCCAUCGGAACCUUCGUUUCGUUCGGUCCGCCCCCAUGGCUCUACCCCCGUACACCCCACCGUCGCGGGCUUAGCGACCCCAGAAACGGAAAGCAACAGUAACAGCGCGACGGAUGGGAUCUUGUCUAGGCGGAGGGUUCACAGCACUAGUAACCCACGCAGGGAGACGCUGCUUCGAUCUCCUUUGUCCUCGGAAGUCGAAGCUCAGGGGGCUUCCCAGUCAGUCGGCACAAGAAAAGAGACCUUGCGUACUAAGUCUGCUGCUCAAGAUCAGAACAGACCGAACGAUCGCCCCAUCGAAGCUGCUUUUGCGAGGCCUGCGUUUCAAAGAACCGAAUCGGAUCUCAGACAUGCCACUACAAGCCAAGACUCUGGUUACGAUGCUCCCGGCGACGAAAUUCAACCUCCUCAUACCGAGUCAGCGUCCCAGCUUGCUUUUAUCGAUAACGUCGUGGCCCAAGAUAUGUGCUUACCGAGCCCGAGUUUGUCCCCGGUCGCUGCUAUGAAUGCGGGGAACGCCGAAUCCUCUUUCGAUUCCGCCGAAGACCAGGAAGACACGGACUCCAGCCUCGACAAUAAUGACACUCGGUUCAUGAAUCCCUUACGGGUCGGUGACUCGAAGGGAAAGGCGUCAUACGUCGCCAAACCCGAUGAACUCCCCGCAGGCCCCAUGGUGCCACGCCCGGCCUCUUUGAUGGACAUCCCCAAUGUGUUGGACUUUUUCGACUCGGUGCCCGAUAGCAUGAAAACAUAUAUGAUGUAUCAACUUCUCAGGCGAUGUCCGAAGCAGACGUUGCAUUUUGUCGCUGAUGUCGUCAACCCGGCGUUGAAGUGUGACUUUCUGUCUCUUCUUCCGCUGGAGCUCAGUCUCAACAUUGUGAAAUACUUUGACGCCAAGACCAUGUGCCGUGCGGCGCAAGUGUCUAAGAAGUGGAGGCACAUCAUAAACUCUGACGAAAAAUCCUGGAAGGAGCUUUUUGAUAGAGAUGGUUACGUUCUUCCGACCGGGGAGUUGGAUCGUGCGAUCAGGGAAGGCUGGGGGUGGCAAUAUCCGGGUGGCUGUGAAGACUAUGAGAAAGAUAUGAGUCACUCUCCUUUCAUCAAGCCUGAUCCUGAAUCAUCUCUUCCCCCCUUUUCUUCACUUGGUGAGUCAAGUGAAAGAACCCUGUCCGUGAGUCGCCGGCCUAAAAGAAAGGCCUGCACCCGCGUUUCUAGUCGUAAGCUGUCGAAACGGAAGAUCUCUUCAAGUGGCACGGAUCAUUCUGAGUCCUCGGACUGGAGAAAAGAAGUUUCUGCGGCAGAGGGUCCUUACGCUGCUGCGAACGCUGCGGCUGCGGCGGUCCCGUAUCCGGACAUCGGUAUCCCGUCUCUUCGUGGACUCCAUCUUUACAAAUCCCUUUAUCAACGCCAUCAUUCAAUUCACAAGGCCUGGAUGAAGCCCAACGUCAAGCCAAGGCACAUCGCCUUCCGCGCACAUGACCGCCAUGUGGUUACUUGUCUCCAGUUUGACACUGACAAGGUUUUGACUGGAAGCGAUGACACGAACAUCAACGUCUACGACACGAAGACCGGUGAGCUGAGGGCAACGCUUGAGGGCCACGAAGGUGGUGUUUGGGCACUCGAGUAUCACGGCAACACCCUCGUUUCCGGAUCUACUGACAGGUCGGUCAGGGUUUGGGACAUCGAAAAAGCCAGAUGCACUCAGAUCUUCCACGGCCAUACCUCAACCGUUCGCUGCCUGCAGAUUGUCUUACCGGUGGAAGUGGGGAAAAAACCUGAUGGCACCCCCGAGAUGAUGCCAAAGGAGCCACUGAUCAUCACAGGCUCUCGUGACUCGAACCUUCGAGUAUGGAAGCUUCCUAAACCGGGCGAUCCGGGCUACUACCAGAGCGGACCCCACGCCGACGAUGCGGAUUGCCCGUACUUUGUUCGUGUUCUCACCGGCCAUCAGCACUCUGUUAGGGCGAUCGCAGCGCAUGGCGACACGUUGGUGAGCGGCAGCUAUGACUGUACAGUGCGGGUUUGGAAAGUUUCCACUGGCGAGACUGUUCAUCGGCUUCAAGGGCAUACACUGAAAGUGUAUAGCGUGGUCCUCGACCAUAAGAGGAACCGUUGCAUCAGUGGAUCUAUGGACAACAUGGUCAAGGUGUGGUCUUUGGAAACCGGUUCCAUCCUCUACAAUUUGGAGGGUCAUACUUCUCUUGUCGGUCUACUCGACCUGAAAUGCGACCGUUUAGUCUCCGCCGCUGCGGAUUCCACUCUGAGAAUCUGGGACCCGGAAAGCGGCCAGUGCAAAAACAUGCUGAGUGCCCAUACUGGCGCCAUCACCUGCUUCCAGCAUGAUGGUCAGAAAGUCAUUUCCGGCUCGGAUCGAACCCUCAAGAUGUGGGAUGUGCGUACGGGGGAGUGCGUCAGAGAUCUGCUCACCGAUCUGAGUGGUGUGUGGCAGGUCAAAUUCAAUGACCGUAGGUGCGUUGCUGCAGUGCAGCGUGAUAGUCUGACCUACAUCGAGGUACUUGACUUCGGAGCUUCACGCGAUGGAGUGCCCAGUGAGCAGCUCGGAAGGCGCGUCGUCGUCAAUCGAUGGGGCCAGGAAGUCAGUGACACCGACGAGGAUUACGACCUUUCCGACGCCUAA